CCAGCAUAGAACACUGAAAUAUCAACUACACUACAGCAAAUUUCAUUUUAUUGUGAAGAUAGUUUUUAACAAUGGCUAGUCAGCUUGGGGCAGAACAUGAAGCUUUGCUUUCUGCACUGUUGCCCAGUGAGUUCUUGUGGUGGGACUUUCCUAUAACACUCACUAUUUAGGAUGUCUUCACUGGAGCAGUAGAAGUGAAAUGAUACCAUCCAUGUAAGUAAACUUUAAUGAAAAUGUAGACUUUAUAUCCCCAAGGUGAGAAAUGUUGCCUUGGCUAUUGUCUCCUUUCCUUUCUUUUCCCAUAUAACUGCCUAUUAUGGCUGCUUGUUAGAAUGUGGCAUUUUUUCAUUUGCAUGCUGUUGGUGUGAAAACUGGACACGAGUGCCAUUAGCUCUGCUUUAGAUUCAGUCUGUCCCAAACUGUUGCCCUGACAUAAGGGCCACCACCUGGAUUCAGGCUACCCUGGACAUUUACCCUGAGAUAGUGGCUACUACCUGGCAAUGUAGAACAACAUCUUAAGAAAGAGACAAAAUUCUCAUUUAUGUCUUUAAAAUAAGUGGGGUGGUGGGAUGGCCUGGCUUUGUUUCUCAGACACUGGACUUCUUUCUGUUAUAGUUCAUCUGAGUAAAUCUCAGAGAGAUACAAAGUAUGAUCCUAUUAUGAAAGCAAUCCUUAAUCUACAUGCUUGGUCAGCCUCUAACAGUUAACCUUUUUUUUUAAAUGAAGGAAUCCGAGGGAGUCAAAAUGUUGGCGUGAAAAGCAAUCACUCCUAUAGCCAGCUUGACCAAGUCAGGGGAAUAUGGCUUUUCAUACAAUCCUUUGGCUCUGUUAUUUUGCCAGGCAUUUCCCCCAGAGGCUGCUUUCCCUCAUGGGAGGCGGAGGGAGAGAUGGGACCCCAGGCUUCUGUCAAGGGAAAGGAUACAGUGGGAAAGGCCAAAAAAGAAAGCCUGCCUCUGUGGUGGAGAUCCCCCCACAAAAAACGGAAGAAAAAGAGUAAAGCAAGAGCAGGAAGACCAGAUUUUUCUAGUAUUCCAAGCAGGCCAGAAUUUCCAAGGCAAGAAUUUGUUAGGCCAGAAUUUACAAGACCAGAGUUUGCAAUAUUUGUAGGAGAUAUAACUCCUGAGGUGGAUGAUUUCUUGCUUUAUGACUACUUUUUCAAACGGUAUCCAUCAUGUAUAGACUGUAAAGUGGCCACAGACCUGCUAGGAUAUUCCAGGGGUUAUGGUUUUGUCAGAUUUUCUGAUGAAGGUGAUAUGAUGAGAGCAUUGCAAGAUUGUCAGAAUGCACCAGGUCUAGGUGGGAAACGAAUUCGAUUGACUUUAGGAAUUUCUAAAAGAUUGAAGACUGAGUUUCAGAGGUACCAACCUUACAGUUAUAAUGACUAUUACCAAGACUAUCAAAACUAUUAUAGGCAGUAUAAUUAUGAUAGAAAUGAACGCUUUGAUCGAUAUGAACGUGCGGACCGUUUUGAUCGAGGUGGUCGUUUCGGAGACCGUUUUCCUGAACGCUAUCCUGAGCAUUUCAGUGAACGUUUUCCUGAGCGUUAUGCUGAGCGCUUUGGUACCCGUUUUGGUGAACGCUAUGCUGACUACCCUGAAUAUGGAGAUUAUCCUGAAUAUGCAGAUUAUCAUGCUGAAUAUAGUGACUACAACUACAACUAUGCAUCUUACGAAAGGAUGCAGCCAGCUGGAAAUAUGACACAACAAACAAUGAAUACAGCUAUGUUUCAGGAGACUUCAGCGAUGGUUAUGAAUGAUGAUCUAAUAACAGAAGAUCCGCAGCUCCACAUAGAUGUUCACAGAAUGAACAGAGAAUUUAUGGUGCGAAGUGAAGAACUCUUUGACACACUUAUGAGCUGUCAUUGGCAACCUCUGGAUACAGUCACCUCCGAGAUCCCUACUGCUUUCUAAAAGUGUCUUAUGUUAACAUCAUAGCAUGACUAUUAUGACCAAGGUGCUAAAUUGACAUUUCUUCUACAUUAUUUUAGAUCCUAAGUUUUAAAGCAGUGUUGUUUUUUCUCUCCCCCCCCCUUUUUUUUUGCUAUGCUUUAAUAGCCUUUGUAAUUUUUGUUCAUUAUUUACUAUCUUAAAAUCAUGUAAAUAUUCUAGAAAUGUAAAGCAUUAGUCUAAAUAUAG